AUGGCCCCUCAGUCUGCGACCGACGCCCGAGAAUCGCCCGCCUCGUCCGCGAGCGGCGAGAAGAAGCGCAAAGUCGCCGAUGCUACCAGCAAGAAACGCGGGCACAGCGAAAGCGCCGGGCUCGCCAAUGGAUCAAGCAGCCACGUCGUGCGGCGAUCAAGUAUAAGCAAGCCUGGACGUGACCAGCGCGACGAGCCCAUACUCAAGCACCACAAGAAGCGGAAGCGCCGCCAGGCUGCCGACGACCGACCAAGAGACAAUGGCGACCAGGUCCAAGCCUCCUCCGAAGCAACAUCCUUAUCGCGACAAGAGAGCCCUGUCGUCGACUUUGAUGGCCUCAGCCGACCGAGCAUAGGUACACGCCAGCGAUUGGAAGAAAGCGAGGAAGAGAAAGCCGCUCGACUUGACCGCAUGAAAGGCGCCGUCAAAACGCUGCUUGAGUGUGUCGGAGAGGAUCCGAACCGAGAGGGCCUCUUGGCCACUCCAGAACGAUAUGCCAAAGCCAUGCUGUUCUUCACUCAGGGCUAUGAACAAAACGUAUUCGAUAUCGUCAAUGGCGCAGUCUUCCAAGAGGGACACAACGAGAUGGUUAUAGUAAAAAACAUCGAGGCCUUUUCCCUCUGUGAGCACCACCUAGUACCUUUUACAGGCAAGAUACACAUUGGGUAUAUUCCGAACAAUGCCGUUAUCGGUAUUUCCAAGCUUCCACGAAUCGCCGACAUGUUCUCUCGCCGGCUGCAGAUCCAGGAGCGUCUCACUAAAGAAAUAGCCAACGCUAUUUUCGACAUUUUGCAGCCUCAAGGAGUAGCUGUAGUCAUGGAGUCUAGCCACCUAUGCAUGGUUAUGCGCGGGGUGCAGAAGACGAGCAGCACCACCAUCACAAGCUGUAUGCUGGGUUGCUUUGAACGCAGAGAAAAGACUCGAAACGAGUUUCUCAGCUUGAUUAAUGUUAACCGCCUUUGA